UACAAGCAAGAUUGUGAAACCAUAGUGAUGGUCACCAAGCUUCUUGUCAGUAAGGACCCGUUGUUAGAAGAACGCAUCCAGAAGAGUCUUCGUGAAAACCUGAGAGACAUCGGACACAGGUGUGUGCAGGAACUGAGAGAGUUUGUUGAUCGCAUC